CGAAAAAUGGCGCACCAAUUCUUUGUUUAGAUGCGUGAAAUGGCGUGAUAACCACUAAUCUUAAUCUCGUUUAUACAAGUUUCAAAUGCAGUUUCUCUUUAAUUAGAUGUAAAGUCAUAUCAAUUAUUUUUAUGGAGAUGUCAGACAAAGAAGUAAUAGAAAUGGAUAGAGUAACCCCUACUGUCAAUACAAGUAAGGAACCAGAAGCUGAAAAUGUUGAUGCAAUAAAAAAAUAUAUGGAAGAGCAAGAAAGUUUUUUAAGGUGUUCACCUGACAAGGAUGUAGUGAACCAAAUAAUAAAAGAUAGGUAUAAAGGAGAUAAUCAAAACAACUUAGAUUUAGAACUUCAACUUACACUGUCCAAUAAUUCUGGUAUUGCCGAAAAGGAUUGUGAGAUAAAACAAAAGACCUACAAGAUUGGUUCUGAGUCAGUGUACAGUGAAGAAACAACAAUGUCAGCAUCUCCAAACCCAUCAUCAAAUGAUUCCUUGUUAGAACUAGAGAAUGAAGAAACUCUUGCUAAUCAAGCAGCUGCAAAUUUACUAUCUUUGGGCCAAAACUGUCUAAAAAUGCAUAUAAAUAUAAAACAAAAAAAGUGUUCAGAUGAAAUCAUAACCAAUGCUCAUGAAUGUACAUUCAAAUCCAAUGUAAUAAUUGGUAAGGAUGAUAAUAAAGAGUUGCCUGAUAAUUUAGAACUGCAUCAAGAAGCAGAUGAACAAAAUGAGGAAAAUGAUAUUGAAUUAACAAGUACAAAUAUAAGUCCAAAGAAUUCUAAUGAUGAUUUACACCUGAGCAAAGAAGAAAGAAAAAUACAAAACUUAGAAAAUCAAGAUGGUAAUCAAAAAUUGCUAAACACAUCUGACUUAGACAAUAAAAAUAGGUGUACUAAAUAUGAGAACUGUCAACCAUCCACCUUACUGCAUAAACUACUAACUUGCACCAGUAACUCAAGUAGUGAAAUAAACAAGUCAAUUAUCUUGGAUAAUGACACCAAAACAGUACAAGAAAAUAGAGAACAAGGUGAAGAAUCUUUGUCCAUAGCAACAAGUGUAAUGGAUAUGAUACUUAAUAAUGCUGAAGUGGCCAUAAGUAAGAAGAAUGCUGGUGUGUUAUCUAAACAAUGUUUUAGUCCUGAGAAAGCAAACUCCAGCGUUUCUCUGGCGAUUGGAUCAAAAGUAGAAGCCAAAGAUUUCUGUGAGCUGUGGCAUCCUGCUCAGAUAGUAGAAGUGGACUGCGAAGAAAUGGAGGUCCUGGUACAAUAUGACAAACAACCAAAAAUGCAUAAUGAAUGGAUAAGCAUAAGCAGCCCAAGAUUAAGACCUAUAAGCAGUAUAGUAAGAGAGGCAACAUCGCCUCCGCAUACACCAGUUUCAGAAGCGCUUACGGAACCUAAAGCAGAAGACAAAAUGAAAGUGACCUUUGCUGUAGGAGAACGAUGUUUGGCUCGAUGGAGGGACAACCGCCGAUUCAUUGCAACAGUACAAAACGACUUGGGAAAUGGUAAUUAUGAGGUUAUGUUCGAUGAUGGGUUUCAAUGGAAGUGCACUUUAUCUAGAAUGUACAAGCUAAAGGAAGCCAACGGGCACCAGGAUUACCCUCGGUUCGGAGCGGGGGCCGCGCCGCUGGCAGCGACACUGGACGCGCCGCCCGCGGCCCCCGCGCCCGCCGCGCCGCCUCCCUUGUACCACACUCACCUGUUUGACCCGACCCGUGAUUACCUAGGAUCCAAAAGCGAAAGGCGUGAGAUGAAGCGCAAGCUAAACAUCAAAGAAAUAUUCAAUAUUGGACAGAAACGAAAAAAACUACCAACACUAGACAAAGAGUCCAAAAGUACUGUUGCUUCUAUAAAAGUAGAAAUUAAAAAUGAAAUAAAAUCUGAACCUGGUACUUUAUCACAUGAAACUGCUCCAACAGCAGAAGCUCCCUUAAAGGAAACUAUUUCUGAUUUACAAGUAAAAAAAAAUAUAGCAAAGAAGCCACCUGUCAAGAAAAAAACUCUUGGAAAGAAAAAAAUUAAAUUGAAAAACAUUGAUGGCAAAUCGAUAGUUUCUUCAUCAAAUGAUAUCAAGAAAGAAAAAAUACCAGAAGCCGUUGCAUCUAUUAUUGGCACAGUGUGUGCCGACGAACCUGAAGCCGAAAUCAAGAUGGAGCCACCUGAUCUGGAAGUCAUGGAUUCUAAUGACAUAAAGCCUGACGACCUGUCAAACGCAUUGGACACAUGUAAUGCAGUAGUAAAACAAGACCUCGAUGUCGUAAUGGAAGAGGAAACAAAACCAUUUGAAAUUCAGGAUGGAGUCAAGCACGAGGAAGUCAUCGGUAAAAUUAAGGAAGUGAUCACAAAGUUGGAAGAUGGCAUAAACGAAGUGGAAAAGAAAGAGAUAAAACCUGAAGUAGUUAAAGAAGAAAUAGUACUGGAAGACAUGCAGCCGGUCGUAAACCCGGUAGAAACCAAUGACAAAGAAAAGCAAAAGAAAUCAAAAAGUUCAUCUAAAGUAAAAAAAGGAAAGAAGCUGAGGUUGAUGCAAGAGAAAAAGGUUAAAAAGCAAGUGGAGAAGGUGAAGUGUCAGUUGGAGGAGAUGAAAAAGCAGGUGGAGGCGAUGCGGCAGGAGAUCAUGCUGAAGACGGAGGAGCUGGCGAGCUCGCGGCGCGGCGAGUGUGCGGCGCCCGAGGCCGCGCUGCUGCCCGGCGAGUGGUGCGCGCGCUGGGUGGACGGCCAGCCCGAGGGCGCCGUCAGCGAGGCGCCCGCCACCGGCGACUCGCCGCUCCCGCGCCGCAGCGUCAUGGUAGAGGACAAGCGGCUGCCGCCGGGCUGGACCAAACACAUGGUGCGCCGGAGCCUGGGCAGCUCGGCCGGCAAAUGGGAUGUAGUUUUAGUAAGCCCGGAAAAUCGUAGGCUUCACACAAAGAACGACAUGCGGAUGUACCUAGAAAACAACCCGCAGCCGGAGCUGAAGCCCUUCGAGGCCGCUCUGAUGGACUUCGGCAUCCACCUGAAGUUGUCGCGGCGGCUCGGCUGGGUGCGCUCCUCGGCCGAGGGCGCGCCGCCGCCGCCGCCGCCCUGCCGCGACCUGCCCGCCUCCUCGCCGCUGCUCAAGCGAUCCAAACUGAGCCUCAACAAGAACCACCACAAGUUGAUGCACCACAAAAAGCGACCCAAGCUGAAAAUCAAACCUCUGCGACCGCCCCCGGUUGCAGCUGCGCCUGGCUUGCAUCAGAAUUCUAAGGAAACCAAUAUGUGUUCUGAGCCAAGUGUAGCAGAGGAAGCUGUUCUUGACGGCGCCAGUAUUAAAGAUGGAUUUGUUGAUGUUGGUUCGUUAAGAGUCCAAGUUAUUGCGACUCUGCUGCGAUGUCCCGCCGAAGGGUGUUUUAAGAAUUUCCGAAAUACUACGUUACUAAAAAUGCAUAUCAAACAUUACCAUAGGGAGCUCCGAAAGACCAUGGGCAACACUCCUAAGGUUCUAGAUUUAGCUUACGCCAGGACCAGACCGAGCGAAGCGGAAAUGAAACUGUUAAAACGUGAAGCGCAACAGAGGAUCAUUAAAGUGAAGCUGCCGCGGCUACAGAAGCGGGCGGAGGCGCCGGCGCCCGCCGCGCCCCCGGAGCCCGCGGUCGCGCCGCCGCCGCCGCCCGCCGAGCCCGCCGCCGCCGACGCGCCGCCCCGCCCCGGCGACUCGCCCAAGCUGCGGGACGCGCUCGCCGUCAAGCCGGCCAAGCGGCCCCGCGUAUUACUGCCGGUGCGCACUAAAGAACCGGAGCCGACGUUGGAACCCGAGAAUGUCGCGGCCGACCCGCCUACGCCUCUCGUCAAACUAGAAAACGCCGAAACCGAAGACGAUCUACUCGUGCCGAAACAAGAGAUACCCGAUUGUGGCGCCUUGGACUUUGAAACCGCGAUAUCGACGCACACCGUAGCGAAAAUGGUGAACGGCAACAGGAUUAAAAGCGAGAAGAGGCGUAAGACUUUCGCUUGUAUAGGGAAACUGGCGAGCGAGGACGAGGAGUGGGCGGGGGGCUCCUCGGACACGCGCUCCAGCUACCCGAGCUGCGGCACGCCCGACUCGGCGCGCGCCGACGCCGACGACCUCGCCCCCGCCCUCGUCGGCGGCGACGACAACCACUCCGCCGCCGCGCACCUCUACAUGUACACAGAGAACGGUGAGCGCAUCAAGCUGGUCCGCAUGAAGCGCGAGGAGAUCAUCAACUGCCACUGCGGGUUCCGCGAGGAGGACGGGCUCAUGGUGCAGUGCGAGCUGUGCCUGUGCUGGCAGCACGCGCUGUGCCACAACAUACAGCGGGAGGCCGAGGUACCCGAGAAGUACACGUGCAGCAUCUGCCUGAACCCGCGGCGCGGGCGGCGGCGGCAGCGGUUCAUGCACGACCAGGACCGGCUGUACGAGGGGCUGCUGCCGGGCCCGGGCGGCGGCCGCGCCUGCGACGCGCUGCGCCGCGCGCACGAGCUGUCCGGCAACCUGCUGCGCAUCGAGGACGCGCUGCACGCCGUGCGCGUCAACACGCGCGUCGCACAGACAAAGAACCAUCCGAAAUUGUACCUGUGGGCCAGAGAUUGGGAAUCUGUUGAAUUAUCCUUCGCUCAAGAAAAACUAAACUCUGAAUAUUCAGACCUGAAUGUGAUCAUCAAUAAUUUGGGAAAGGAGAACUUGCCUAUUAAGGAGGAGGAUUUAAAAGAUUUGGCCUUAGAUAUGAAGACUCCUUCUGAUGAACCGGAGGAAAAACAUAGCCCAAUGGAAAAGGAGAACCAAAUAGGAUCUCAGGCCUUACUUAGCGGGUUGUUGUCGAGUCCCGACGCGGCGUCUCUGGAGCUGCCCAUCACGGAAUCCGAACUAGACAAGCUGGCCAAAUCUGUGCAUGAGCACGAGAGCAGGGCGCGGGUGCGCGCGCCGCAGCCCGAGGCCGCCAUCGAGAACAGCGCGUGCCGCGCGCGCCUGCUGCGCCACAUCCAGCGCUGCCACGCGCUGCUCGACCAGCGGCUCGACUCCAUCGAGGCGCAAGUCGCAGAGCUAGAGUCGCAAGACGCGUCGCUCGAGGACGACGAGUCGCCGGAGUUCUGCCCGCGCGCCAAGCAGGCGCUGGUGAUGAUCGCGCGCGACCUGGACGCCAUGGAGGAGCUCGGCAUCGUCACCUAACACGCGCCGCCCGCGCCCCCCGCGCCUCUCGCGCCCCUCGUGCCCCUCGUGCCCCCAGCGGCCGUCUGCGCGGGCUAGACCACAUGCGCACUAGCGGGUUACCGCACCAGCGGUUUGGCGACAUCUAAUGACAGGACAUUAUUAAUUUUGAAUCGUUUUCAUUUCGGUCAGUGUUGGGUCAUACGAAUCAGUGUAACGAUUUCCAAUUGGAAUAUUAAUAGGACGUUUUUAUUACGAAUAUUAACGUUAAGGUGUACGUUGUUUUCCAUUAACAAUACGAGAAUGAGUAUACACUAAAACAAAGUGUUGACCCUGUUGAAGAGGCCGAUCACCGGCGCAGCAGUGCAGCGAAGACCGGCGGUGGCGGACCCACAGAACCAACACCAAACGACAUCAUCGACUAUAUGAGUUUGUUUUGCGACUCUUGGUGUAAAAAAUAUGGAUUAUUAAAUAAAAUGUCUCAUCGAACAUUUUAACUCUGCUCACACUUGGUUAGGGUAUUGUCGUAUUUGUAGGAAUUAGAAACUAUAGUUUGAAAUAAAUCCUCUGCAUCAAAUGCAAAGACAAGUGCUUAGCAACCAGCUGAAUUGUCAGCACUGAAAUUAGCAUGUGAUUUAGUUAGUCUGUAACAGGCGCUAAAUUAACCAACAUUAGGCAUUAGUAGACACAACACAAAGGUUACCUGUGAAUGUUAAUAAUAUAAGAUAAAUUCUGUAUCAUAAAUGUUUUCACCCAGUGGAUGAAGUGAAGUAGUUGUUAGUCGUUGCUGCAUAUUUUUGUAAAGGCCAUAGCCGUAUUAUGAUAAGUUAAGUGGUCGUCCCCUAACCUUAUGAACUUUCAGUCCGUAGUUUAUUAUUCGUCUUGCGCGGGUGCACGGAGCCGGUAGAGCGCCUAUUGAAAUAUAGUAUGAGUAACGCAAACAGGCGCGGACGUGUGCGAUGGAUUUUGGUGUACUUUCGUUUGGGCCAAAUACCUUUCGCCAAAUUUCACUUCCCAAGAAACUUAUCGCAAUAGUUUCAUUUCCCAAAGGAACCUUUAGCAAAGUUACACUUCGCAUAUAAUUUAUUUGGUCAAAUUAUCAUUUGGCAAGAUUUUACUUUGUCAAAUGUUAUUAGGAUAAAACCUUAUUUAGCAAACGUUUUGGUUGGACUGGAGCAAAGGGGGGGCUGCGACU